AUGGCUUUUAGAUUAGUGGAAGAUCUCUGCUGUCCAGUCUGUCAGGACGUCUACAGAGAUCCUGUUAUUCUGUCAUGUAGCCACAGCUUCUGUAAAGACUGUCUGCAGAGCUGGUGGAGAGAGAAACCAACACAAGAGUGUCCGGUCUGUAAGACGAGAUCUUCAAAGGAUGAACCUCCCUGCAACCUGGUCUUAAAGAAACUGUGUGAGUCCUUCUUACAGGAGAGAGACCAGAGAUCUUCAGAGGAUCUCUGCAGUCUGCACUCUGAGAAACUCAAACUCUUCUGUCUGGACCAUCAGCAGCCAGUGUGUCUCGUCUGCAGAGAUUCAGAGAAACACACGGAACACAGAUUCAGAUCCAUCGAUGAAGCUGCUCGAGAACACAAGAAGAACCUUCAGGAAACUCUGGAGCCCUUAAAGGAGAAGUUUCAGGUUUUUAAACAAGUUAAAGAGAAGUUUGAUCAAACUGCAAAACACAUUCAGGACCAGACCAAACACACAGAGAGGCAGAUUAAGGGGCAGUUUAAGAAGCUUCACCAGUUUCUAGAAGAGAAAGAGGAGGCCAGGCUGUCUGCACUGAUGGAGGAAGAGGAGCAGAAGAGUCAGAGGAUGAAGGAUGAGAUGGAGACUCUGAUUAGAGAGAUAGCAGCUUUUUUAGACUCAGUCAGAGCCACAAAGGACGAGCUGAGAGCUGGAGACGUCUCAUUCCUGAAAAAUUACAGGGCUGCAGUGGAAAGAGUUGGGCUUUGCCUCCUGAUAGAUGAUCCACAGCUGCCCUCUGGAGCUUUGAUAGACCAGGCCAAACACCUCGGCAACCUCAGCUUCAACAUCUGGAACAAGAUGAAGGACACGGUCUCCUACAGUCCUGUGAUUCUGGACCCAAACACUGCUCAUCCAGACCUCGUUUUGUCUGAAGAUCUGACCCAGGUGGGAUGGGGAGACGAUCAGCCGCUUGUUAAUCCAGAGAGGUCUGAUUUUCCCUGGUCUUUCCUGGGCUCUGAGGGCUUCAACUCAGGAACCCACAGCUGGGAUGUUGAGGUUGGAGAGAGUUUAGUCUGGUCUCUGGGUGUGUUAGCAGAGUCAGGGCAGAGAAAGAGAGUCAUGGAGGGUGCCAUAUGGGAAAUAUUGUUCUGUGUCAGUGAAUACAAAGCAUGCUCACCAUCAGCUUCAGAGAAAGUCCAUGAGAAAAUCUCAGUCCAUGAGCAGUUCCAGAGGAUCAGAGUGAGUCUGGACUGGGACAGAGGAGAGCUGUCGUUCUUGGAUCCUGAUACUAACACACACAUACACACCUUCAAACACACUGAGAGGAUGUUUCCGAUCUUUAAUGCUUUUGAUGACCUGAAGAUUUUACCUCUGAAGGUGUGUGUGACCAUGGAACAGAGCAGGUGAAGAUGAAGUAUAUUUAUUGAUUUCAUAGAUACUCA